AUGACAGUGUCGCAAGUCCGAGGGGCGGGGGUGCAAGGCGGGCACAAGGAAAGAUAUGCUGGGACAGAGUAUGGUGGCAAGACAAACUUCCUGGUGGACAAGACCCGCUUGGACAUUGUUGUUGUCAGGUCUCAGGUGGACAAGGUGAUCCAGACAAUUGCCAGCACCACGUACACUGGGGAGAUCGGGGACGGCAAGAUUUUUGUGCACCCUGUGGCCGAUGUGAUCCGAGUGAGGACGGGGGAGACGGGGGCAAUCGCAGAGCGGAUGGAGGGGGGCAUGUCGGACAGGACUUCGUGA